AUGGCGCCUUACGAGGCAUUGUAUGGUAAAAGAUGUAGGACACCUCUAUGUUGGGUAGAUUCUAGUGAGAGCAUUGCCUUAGGACCUAAGGUAGUUCAGCAGACCACUGAAAAGGUCAAGUUGAUCCAAGAAAGGAUGAGAGCAGCCCAAAGUAGGCAGAAGAGCUACUAUGAUAAGAGAAGAAAAGAUCUUGAAUUUGUUGUAGGUGAUCAUGUAUUUCUGAGAGUCACUCUGUGGACUGGGGUUGGCAGGGUGUUGAAGUCUCGUAAGCUCACACCUAGAUUCAUUGGUCCUUUUGAAAUCCUAAAGUGUGUCGGUCCAGUUGCGUAUCAGGUGGCUUUGCCACCAUCUCUCUCAAAUCUUCACAGUGUCUUCCAUAUCUCUCAGCUCAGAAAAUAUGUCCAUGAUCCAUCACACGUGAUCGAGUUGGACAAUGUCCAAGUGAAAGAGAACUUGACAUAUGAAACACAACCACUGAGGAUCGACGAUCGUAUGGUUAAGCAGCUAAGGGGGAAAGAGAUUCCCUUGGUCAAAGUAGUAUGGGGAAGUGCUUCGGGCAAGGAUGCCACCUGGGAACUAGAGGGUCAGAUGCGUGAUGCAUAUCCUACCUUAUUCGAUACCGUGACAGGAUUUCUGUCUUUGUAUGAACAUUGCAGAAGGGCUAUCUGUGAUUUCUAG